GGAGUGGUUUUCAACCAUUUGAGGCUAGUUUCAGUUCUUUAAAGGAAAAAAAUAGGUGUUGUUACGAACAGGUUUAGAGGGAAAUGGCGCUUGACGGAGCUUCUAGCAGCGGUGUUGUGGAGAGUAAAGUCGGGUUUGUGCUCGGGAAUGUGGCGGAAGUGGUGGAGAGGAUCCUGACUUUUGUGCCGACUAAAGCCCUGUUCCGGAUCGCGAGAGUUUGUCGGCUGUGGAGGAACUGCGCACGGCGAGUCAUGAGAACGCGACAGAAAGUGACCUGGCUCUCGGCUUCUGGUUCGUCCCGAUACGAAGAACACGUUCUCCUCAGAACCAUGGAGGAAGGACUGGAGGAUGUCUUCCUGCUGCCCCAGACGGUGUUGUUGAUGAUAGACAACGAGAACUUUACCGGACAUCACAGUUCUUUCAGACAUAAAAAAGCCAGGCCGUGUCAGCCGGAGGCCGAUUCGGAUGUUAUGGACAAGCUGAGACGCUUGCUGCCGGGCAACUCCGACAUUUUAUGCAUCAUCACUCCGGGAAUCGUCUUGACCCCCAGCGACCGCGCCUGUCGCGUCCCUCGGGAGUUCAUGGCGGGCGAAGCCGGUUUCAGUCUUCUGUUUCCUGCGAUGGAGGGAGUUCACAUCCGACCGUUCCACUUCUGCAAAAAGAGCCUCAGCGACAGCGCUUUAGAGAAAGCGGGCCUGGCUGCGAAUCCUGACCUGAAGGUGGUGCUGCUGUUCGGCUAUGACGCCUACAAAACCGGAGCUGCGCGCUUCCUGAACCAGCUGCUGGAACCUCUGGGGCGGAGUAACGUCCUCAUCGCCGGCGGUCACGUCGAGAAAGCGUUCCCGCAGAAGAAAGACUGCUGUUCUCCGGGUUCCUUCGGCGUGAUGGGUCUCACUCUGAGUGGCCCCAGGAUUCAGGGCGCCUCGGUGCUCCUGGAUCAGGACGUGAGCACGCCCGCAGCGGCCGAAGUCACCAUCCGUCGCUUGAAAGCCGCCAACAUUCCCGAGUCCAACACCGUCGGCUUCAUGUUCGCCUGCGUGGCGCGCGGACACAACCACUACAACGGCCAGCACAACGUCGAGGCCGACGUUUUCCACAAACUCUUCCCCGGAGUGCCUCUGUUCGGGUUCUUCGGAAACGGCGAGAUCGGCUGCGACCGCAUCGUUAAAGAGAGCUACACGCUGAGUCAGACGGAUGCUAACGGGCUGCAGCACGGCUACACCACCGUCAUGAGUCUGGUGCACUUGGGUUAACGCACACGCACACUCUCUCUCACACACACACACACACACACACGGUCUCUCAGGACUCGACAUCGCUGUUUUUUUCUCUAGCGUUCACUUUCUUUUCAGAGAGACGGUCCAGACGACAACGUUGUUGUUGUUGUUGUUGUUGUUUUUUAUGUGAAUUUCAUGCAUCAUUUAAAAUUCAGUCUUAGAACAUUUUACAAUCCGUGCACUUUUAAAUCGUAAAGCUGUUCCAGAAAUCGCACAAAAACAUAAAACAUACACAAAAAAAAAAAUAAAAAAAAAAGUAAAUGCUUUGCUUUACAUGAAAGUGAAUGUUUUGUAAUGAAUGGACAUCUGGUUCUGUUUACUCAAGUGUAAACAGUCUACUGAAGAUCCCUGUCCUGAUGCACCGCUCUACACUAAACACAUCCUCUACACCCGUUAUACGGUCAUAAACUCGUACUGUCUUCAAUUCUUUUUCUCCGUGCGUCUCCGGAAGCGUUUUCCGCUGCUCGGAUCCCGAGUGAGUUCGUGACGGACUCGGUGCGAACGUUUCCCACCAAACAGAACCGACCGG